UUAAAGCUACUAAAGUUCUAUUGUACCGGACAGAGCGUGCCGCCCGCCUUGGACAUACAGCCUGCGCACCCCGGGAUAGGCGGCUUCUCUCCGCUGCGCCGAGUGGGUUUUUUAAACCGUGGUGGACGAAGAGAUCUACGUUCUUGCUGCGAUUUCUUUUUUCGCCCCUUCCGUCCUUUCCGGCGGUGCUGCUUUUUUUAUUUUUAAUUUUUUCUUAUUUGUAUUUUUCCCCUUGUUUUGUUGCUCCGCACCGCCUGCAAUAAUUGCUUCGUUACGUCUCGCAGCUGGCGCGUUGGAGAAGCCGGCACCAGCCGCCGCGAUGCCGCUCAGCGCCGGCUUCCCCAGCAAGAACUACGAUUACGACUACGACUCGGUGCAGCCCUACUUUUACUUCGAGGAGGAGGAGGAGAACUUCUACCUGGCGGCGCAGCAGCGGGGCAGCGAGCUACAGCCCCCCGCCCCGUCCGAGGACAUCUGGAAGAAGUUUGAAUUGCUGCCCACGCCGCCCCUCUCCCCAAGCCGCCGCUCCAGCCUUGCCGCUGCCUCCUGCUUCCCUUCCACCGCCGACCAGCUGGAGAUCGUGACCGAGCUCCUCGGGGGAGACAUGGUCAACCAAAGCUUCAUUUGCGAUCCGGAUGACGAGUCCUUCGUCAAGUCCAUCAUCAUCCAGGACUGCAUGUGGAGCGGCUUCUCCGCCGCCGCCAAGCUGGAGAAGGUGGUCUCCGAGAAGCUGGCUUCCUACCAGGCGGCCCGUCGGGAAGGGGGCCCCAACGCCCGCCCCGGCACAACGCCCGCGGGGCCACCGCCGCCCGGCCUCGCCGCAUCCCCCGCCGCUUCGGCCGGCCUCUACCUGCACGACCUGGGCGCUGCCGCCGCCGACUGCAUCGACCCCUCGGUGGUCUUCCCAUACCCACUCAGCGAGCGGGCCCCACGGGCAGGCCCCCCCGGCUCCAGCCCCGCGUCCCUGCUGGGCGACGACACGCCGCCGACCACCAGCAGCGACUCGGAAGAAGAACAAGAGGAAGAUGAGGAAAUUGAUGUUGUCACAUUAGCUGAAGCGAAUGAAUCCGAAUCCAGCACAGAGUCCAGCACAGAGACAUCAGAAGAGCACAGUAAGCCCCACCACAGCCCGCUGGUUCUUAAACGGUGUCAUGUCAACAUCCAUCAGCACAAUUAUGCCGCUCCUCCCUCCACCAAGGUUGACUACCCAGCUGCAAAAAGGCUAAAGUUGGACAGUGGCAGAGUUCUCAAACAGAUCAGCAACAACCGAAAAUGCUCAAGUCCCCGCACAUCAGAUUCAGAAGAGAACGACAAGAGGCGAACACACAAUGUCUUGGAGCGCCAGAGGAGAAAUGAGCUGAAGCUGAGUUUCUUUGCCUUGCGUGACCAGAUACCUGAGGUGGCCAACAAUGAAAAGGCACCCAAGGUUGUCAUCCUGAAAAAAGCAACGGAGUACGUUCUUUCCAUCCAGUCAGAUGAACACAGACUGAUCGCAGAGAAAGAGCAGUUGAGGCGGAGGAGAGAACAGUUGAAACACAAACUCGAGCAGCUAAGGAACUCUUGUGCGUAGGAGCUCUUGGGCAUCACUUAGAAUAUCCCAAACCAGACUGAAACUAUGAUAAAAUAUUACUGUUUCCAAUAUCACUCAUGAACUACACCAGUCCAUCAAGUAUGGAACUAUUGCAACUGCAUGCUGUGCGAUUUAACUUGAGACUACACAACCUUGGCUGAAUCUCCCAAAGGUUUGGCCGGAACCUCAAAACUGCCUCAUAAUUGACACUUUGGGCAUAAGGGAUGAUGGGACAUUCUUCAUGCUUGGAGAUGAACUCUUCAACUUUUUUUCUUUUAAAAUUUUGUAUUUAAGGCAUUUUUUCAUACAAGAAUCCCCAAAAAGAGUUGUCCCUAGAUUGCUGUAUAUAUUUACACAUCUUAUUGCCAUGUAAAUACCUUUAAUAAAGCCUUUAUAGAAAAACAUGCAACAUUAAUGUGCAACAGUUGUGGCAACUGGAUUUAUACUUGUCUUGAACUUCUGUGCCAUAGCAUUUCACAGUUUGGUUUUUUUUUUAUUUAAAUACAUUUUUUUCUUUUAAAAUUGAUUUUUAUUUUGGUUUUAGAUAAAUAAAUAUUUGCCCAAAAUCUAAUUAGCUAAA